GCAUUUUAGCAAUCAUUCUCUACAAAAUCGUCUUUGGAAAGCCCGGACACUGUAAUCUCCCUCUCUCAUUUUCCGCAGGAAUGGAUUUUUGGCAGAAAGCAAGAAGCUUCGCAGAGGAAGCGGCGAAGCGAUCGCAAGAGAUCACGAAAGAGGCCGCGAAGCGAUCUGAGGUUCUCACCAAAGGAGCGGUCGAGAUCGUCUCUGAGACGGCCAAGAAAUCAAAGGAAUUGGCAGCCGAAGCGACGAAAAAAGCCGAUCAGAUCAAGAUCGAGGCAUUGAAGCGGGCCGAUCAGAUCAAGUCCUUGACCGAAGGGAUCUCCCCGCAGAUCCCAUCCUUCAUCUCGACCAAGGACUCGGCUACCGGGUCGCAGCAGCCGUCAGAUCUCGAUAAAUUCGGCAUCACUGAUGACUUGCGGGAGUUCGUCAAGGGGAUCACGAUCAGCACGUUUCAGGAUUUCCCAAUGGAAGAUGAACCAGAGAUAUCAAAUGUUCCGACAGUCUCAAAUGUUCGGCAGGAUCUAACAGAAUGGCAGGCAAGGCAUGCCACUCUUGUUCUCUCAACUGUCAAGGAAAUUUCAAAGUUGAGAUAUGAGUUGUGUCCACGACAUAUGAAAGAAAGGAAAUUCUGGAGGAUAUAUUUUAUAAUUGUGAACACGCAUGUGGCUCCUUUCGAGAAACAGUAUAUGGAGGAGGCUAAUAAGCUGAAGUCAGCAGAAAGUGAAAAAGAAGAUAAGGUUUUGAAGGAAGAUUCAAUCCCAAAAACAUCUUCUAAACCUGAGAUGACGGAAACAAGCCGUCCAAGUAAGACGUCAACAUCUGCAUCUACCGAGCAAGACUUAGAUGUGUUUCUUUUGGGGGAUCUUGGAAGCAGUGAUGAAGGCCCAGACGACGGAGAUGAUGCUUUUGAUGAUGAUUUGGACAACAUAGUGAAUAACUCGGAUGAUGAUGAGAAACCAAAAUAGUCAAAGAAGCCAACCAUUGGAACCAUGCAGAUCGAUGUUAUCCUAUGGGUUUGAACUGUUGUCCAAGAAAACUAGAAGGGGGCGACCUUGCAGCGAACGCAUGAAUUGUAUUUCAUUGACAAUAAAGAGCAGUCGGUAAUGUUCGCCAUCAUUGAUUCAGGGGUACUUGGAACAUUUAGAAUUUCAGAUCUGUUUACUUCAAUUUAUCAUUCAUGUUGAAUGGAGGGGCAGUAGGGAGUUUAGUUUCUUGUGUAUAAACUGAUUUCAUUGUUGCUUCGGAUUGAAGCCUAUUUUUAGCCUUUGUAUAAGAACAGCUGUCUUUUUUUUCUUUU